AUGCUCACUUGGCGUGAUUUAACAUCAGGAGAAGAUGCCUACAUAUUUCCAGCUAUGCGAAAUAUAAAGGAUUACCUCGACUCAAAUGCAAAAGAGGCCGAACAGACAAUAGACGAAGAAGGCUACCUUCAAAGAGUCAAUGGAAUAAGAAUCGAUCAUGAAACACCCUACCCGGAUGAUUACUACAAAUACCAAAGCAAUAGCUGGUUCAUAGAAUAUGUUUCGAUCAUUGCCAUUUGA